CCCGCUGUCCAGGGCUACAGCCCAGCUCUGCCGGCAGUAGGGACGAGGACGGAGGAGCAGAGGCAGGGGCAGCCUCCAAGACAUCAAAGCUGUUCCACCCCUCCAGUUCUCUCCAAACAGCAAGAACCUGGAAAAGGUGCUUCAGGGUGGGCUCCGAAGGCCGGCCAUCUCACCCCAGCUCCAGGCACCCAUCUGACUCAGCUCCAUCUACAGCUCCAUGUCCCAGGCACCGACCACACCAGACAGUAGGGCACUCCUAUCAGGACCCCGGGGUCUUCGGAAUGGCAGCCCAGCUAACAGGAAGGAGAAGGCUGCAGCAAUGCCAGACUCCCCGGCUGAAGUGAAGACGCAGCCCCGGUCCACACCCCCCAGCAUGCCACCCCCACCUCCCACGGCAUCCCAGGGAGCCACACGACCACCCUCCUUCACACCUCACACACAUGGCGAGGAGGGACCUGCGACGUCUCUGCCCCAUGGCCGUUUCCACGGCUGCUUAAAGUGGUCCAUGGUCUGUCUCUUGAUGAACGGCAGCAGCCACUCACCCACGGCCGUCCACGGUGCCCCAUCUACCCCCAACGGCUUCAGCAAUGGCCCAGCCACCUCAUCCACUGCCUCACUGUCCACACAGCACCUGCCCCCGGCGUGCGGGGCCCGGCAGCUCAGCAAGCUCAAGCGUUUCCUCACCACCCUGCAGCAGUUUGGCAGUGACAUCUCGCCCGAGAUUGGAGAGCGCGUGCGCACUCUGGUGCUGGGGCUGGUGAACUCAACUCUGACGAUCGAAGAAUUUCAUUCCAAGCUCCAAGAAGCCACCAACUUCCCACUGCGGCCAUUUGUCAUCCCCUUUCUUAAGGCCAAUCUCCCACUGCUGCAGCGGGAGCUCCUGCACUGUGCCCGCCUGGCCAAGCAGACGCCCGCCCAGUACCUGGCCCAGCACGAACAACUGUUGCUGGAUGCCAGCGCCACCUCCCCUGUGGACUCUUCCGAGCUCCUGCUGGAGGUCAAUGAGAACGGCAAGAGGAGAACACCUGACAGGACCAAAGAGAACGGGUCAGACCGGGACCCUCUGCACCCCGACCACCUCAGCAAGCGGUCCUGCACCCUGAACCCUGCCCAGCGCUGCAGCCCCAGCAAUGGGCUGCCCCACCCGACACCACCCCCGCCCCCGCACUACCGCCUGGAGGACAUGGCGAUGGCCCACCACUUCCGGGACUCCUACCGACAUCCUGAUCCCCGAGAGCUGCGGGACCGCCAUCGGCCCCUCGGCAUGCCUGGGUCUCGACAAGAAGAAGUGAUUGACCACAGGCUCACAGAACGUGAGUGGGCAGAAGAGUGGAAACACCUCAAUAGUCUCCUGAAUUGCAUCAUGGACAUGGUGGAGAAGACUCGGCGAUCCCUCACCGUGCUGCGCCGGUGCCAGGAGGCCGACCGAGAGGAGCUCAACCACUGGAUCCGGUGCUACAGUGACUCUGAGGAAGGGAAGAAAGGCCCCACCCCCACCUCCGCCAGGUCCCUCAACAGCUGCAGUGGCCCUGAGGGGUCUCAGCUAGAUGCUCACCGGGACUUCAUGCCCAGGACCCUCUCCGGCUAUAUGCCUGAGGAGAUCUGGAGGAAAGCUGAGGAAGCCGUGAAUGAGGUGAAGCGCCAGGCUAUGUCAGAACUACAGAAAGCCGUGUCUGAUGCGGAGCGCAAAGCCCAUGAACUCAUCACCACAGAGCGUGCCAAGAUGGAACGAGCGCUGGCUGAGGCCAAGCGGCAGGCGUCAGAGGAUGCCCUGACUGUCAUCAACCAGCAAGAGGACUCCAGCGAGAGCUGCUGGAACUGUGGGCGCAAGGCCAGUGAGACUUGCAGCGGCUGUAAUGCCGCCCGCUACUGUGGGUCCUUCUGUCAGCACAAGGACUGGGAGAAACACCACCAUGUGUGCGGCCAGAGUCUGCAGGGCCCAGCGGCUGCAGUGGCUGACCCACUGCCAGGACAGCCUGAUGCCACUGCCAGCCCCAGCGAAGCCGGCUCAGCAGGGCCCUCUCGCCCCUGCUCUCCAGGCCCACCGGGCCCACUGGACGCUGCUGUGCCCCGCUGACCUCCGAAUCCAAUGCCCAGCAUAUGGACGCCAUGCCCUGCCAACCUCCUGGUCCCACCGUGGCCCACCGGAUACCUGGAGCCGGUGUGUGGAGUCACUGCUGCUACUGCUUCUCUCCAAAAGAAAACACAGAUCCAACAACACUGCACCCGUGCAGCCUCAGCUACCUGACAAGGUCUGCCAGGACCUCCCAGCCUCUCUUUGCAAGCAUCCUCAGAAACCACUGCGGAGCUGCAGGCAGCAGCACCAGCGGGCGCAAGCGAGGCCGGCUCUGCUGCUGUCUGUCCCCUCUGUGUCUUUCUCUGUUACUGUCUGUCUGUCUGCCUCUCUCUGUGUGUUCCUUGAUAUCUCAGUCACCCUCUAUUUCCCUGCCCUGACUCUCCCUGUAUCUCUCUCUUAUCCUCUGUCUUUGUAAAGUCCACAUCCUUUCUCUGUGACCAGAGAAACCUAAUCGGUGGCUUUCAUUUUCCGUGAAGAACUUUUUGGAGAUUUUGUUUUGCUUUGUUGGCAAACAAGCUACUUAGAAAUGGACAAAGAAGACUGUGGGUCUCUCCCCAUUCCUCUCUAGAAAGGGAAGAAACUGUGAUUUUCUAUCCAGAGUUGCUGUUAUCACCCAGCCAACCCCAGGGGGAUCGGCCCACGUAGCAGAGAUGGUGAGAACAAUUUCAGUUUCCAACUCAAGAAGCAUUUUUUGGUUUCAGGUUUUAUUUCUUUUCUUUAAUGUCAAACUCUUUGGCUUUAAGUGAAAAAGAAAAAAAAAAAAAAAAGAAUCCAAAAAGUUUUUUUAAAGCAAAGGAAACAUACCUGUAAACUACCUUGCCAGCUAGCCAGCCAAGGAUGCCAGACACACCUCGCUCCAAAGGAAAUCCAAAAAGCAAACUCAAGAGAUCAAAAUCCAAAAUUUAUUUUUAUCACUGCCAAAGUAUUUUUUUCAUGGUCUCUCCAUCCUGGUUUGUUUGGAUGUCGGUGUUUUAUUUUGGUUUUGAUUUUGUCAGGGGGUGUUGGGAUACUGGGAUUUAGUGGGUUGGGCCAAGAAGAAACCUUUUGCUCCAUUUUGACUAGUGGGCAGCAUCCUUGCUGGGCAAAAGCAGUCAGCAACAAGGCCACGUGACCCUCAGCACCAUAUCAAGAAGCCCCAGUCAGCAUGAGCCUGAGUGUUGUCUGUCCUAGGGCCAUAUCCAUGUGUCCCUAUAUGCAAGGGAGACACCUCCAUCUGUCCCCACACCUUCUGUGACUUCCCAUAAUUCAUUUCCAGUUGUGAAAAAAAAAAGUGCUAACGUGUUCUUCCCAGAAAGAGCACAAUUCCUAAAUGAAACUGUGACAAUCUUUUGGGUUGAUUCUUGACUGCUUUUGAAAGCAUAAGGAGACAGCGAAUCACGCUUUCUUGGUUUUCCCUCCUCUACCUCUCUGCUCUCCCAUUCCCACCCUACCUCCAUCUCAGCCCUACCACCCCAUCCCCGUGUCUUGCUGUGGCUACCCUCAUUUCUUUCAAACUUUUACAGAAAAAAAAAAAAAAGGAAGAAAAACAAAAACUACAAACACAAAAGCCAGCAGCCAUGCUCACCUCACCUGGAAGACUCAAGCCCAGCUGUACAUAGCCCUGAUGUUCGUCUCCAGCCCUGGGAGUGAAGGUGAUGCUUGCCCACCCACCUACUCUCCAGCCUUUGCCCACCCUGCCCUCCACCCGCUCGACUCCCUCAAGGAUUCAAGGAGGAAAUGAAGGAAGGAGGCUCAUGCCUGUACCAAACAAAAAGAGACAGCAGACACAGUCCAGGUCUGCGCCUAUGUGUGUGGCUGCAGCAAGCUGCCGGCCUAGCGUGCAAUAUGGGGGAUUGCUCCUGAACUCUGGGCCCAGGGGGCCCUGCCCAGAGCAAGGUGUGCAGCGUGUGUUAAUGUGAAUGUAAAUAGUCUCCACAGAGGUCCCAACCACCGCAUCAGUACCGAGGAGAUAUUUGCCAAAUAAAAAGAAAUUAAGACAAACCACAGAAGUAUGUGAAAUUUAGGAAAAAACGUUGAAAGGAAUCUGAGCUGUGGUCCUCUGGGCUUGUUUGGUGGCUGGUAUUUCUUCACAAUGUAAAGUUCACUCUUUAAGAGAACAUUAUAUGGAAUGCACCGUCAACCUGGUGCUACCCCGAACGGAGCCUGACAGCAACCCUUGCUCUGAAGGCCAAGGUAGAGCUCAUCCCCUGGAAGGUUCCUGAGGCCACAGCCCUCCAAGCCCACAGAGGUGUGGGUUUCAGAGAAGCCAGGACACAUGGCGGCCUCCCGCCCCUCCUUCUAGUGGACCAGUUGCCCUGAGCGACUGCAUGAGAACACUGAGUCCGUGUGCUGGUAGAGCCCUGCCUCCCAUCACAGGAAGCAUCGCGGCAUGCCAUUCCCAGCUGCUCCUCAUGCAGGGCUUCUUGUCUCUGUUACCCCACAGCAUGCAGCUUCUCGGGCCCUUCCAGGAGGGCAGGCCAGAGGCCAUUGGUAGGAAGGAGCUCUGGGUGGCAGCAGGUGGUGAGCACCGUGUUUGUGGGGUGAAACAAAGCCAGGCCCUCAGGUUGGGCGUAAGAGCUGUAGUCUCUAGAGGUCUGGGCCAGGAGUCCUGAGGUGGCACCCUGGACGACCCACAUCCCUGGUGCCAGGACUUGAGAGUACCUGUUCUCUUGUGGUCCAGCCAUUCUGAGGUAAGGUCGCAGAGGGCCCCUUACCUGACAGCCCACCAGUUUGCUUUAAUUUCAGAUACCUCCUUCCCUAACCUUACCAUCCUUACCCACCUACUUAGAACUAGAAGGCCCACCAGAAGACAACAAAAUGCUGCCCAGCCUAAUUGGUCUGGAUAUGUAUCUGAAUGAGGAUACAUAUUUAAGGUUCAGCAGAGCUUCCAUAUGUACCCUAGCUAUUGGGAGGGAUAGCCCCUCAAGACAGCUGUCAGAUGCCAUUUGACCAUGGUGCAUGGCCCUUGUGUGUGAGAUUUGGCCAGCAACUGUAGACACCCCAGGUGACAGGACUGGCAGGCCAAUAGGUAGCCGUCGAGGUGCUUACAGAAUCAGGGUGGUUUUAGGGUGGGUGUGGAGGGUGAGGUGAGGGAAUGGGGAUGGAAACCGCAGAAGGGAACCCCAGGUGUAUUGCUGAGUUCUGGCCGAUGUCAUCAGUGUCGUCCGAGACAAGGAGGGGGGUACUGAGCCAGGUGCUAAGGCCCUGGCAAAAAUGUGGGUACUGUGCUCAGGCUCCAGCCAUCCAAAGACCUCACAGAAGAACCAAACAACCUCACAGCUUUGAGAGAACAGGGUCUAUGGGUGUUCUUCAUUGGGAGGUGGGUACACCCUGGGUGGCCGUAACCACAGCAUGACCUUGGUUUCAACCUACAGUCUGCCUGGGGCUCUACACAGAGCUGGGGAGGGUGGUACUCCAUCCCCGACUCCUGCUGAGAGCCCAUCCUGCUACCUUCUCCAGGUCACAAACCACGGACCUGGGAAUAACUGCCAGGCCCUGCCUCCUGGUAGCCACAGCCAGACAUGAACCAAACCCCUACGAGAUGUGGGCUCUCACAAAGUCUUGUUUCCCUAAACCCCAAAUCAAAAUGCAACUUUACUUCCUGUUCUGAGGCCAAAGCUAAAUCAGGAAGGCUGAGUGGAGAGGGCAGGUAGCAGGCAGAACUCUCCAACCCCCAAGGCCCAGCCCCCUGUCCCCUGACCUUAUGACCUCUUGUCAUGUUUCCUGCCUUUCCCACCCCUCUUCUCAGCUCCUUGCCCAGCCCUGCCCCAAGCCCACACUGGCCUUUCCCUGAGGGCUGCCUAAGAGGAUUUGCUCCGUCUCGGACCUCAGAUCUGUGCAGAAGCAGAGACCAAUGGCUCCCAUUCCACAUGAGGUCAUGGGUGCAUAGGAACAGGCUGGACCAGAUCACAGCUCAGGUCCUGCUGCCUGACGGGUGGUGCCAAGGUGAGAAGAGCCAGCCCUCACUGGAGGGUCCAGAGGGAUUCAGUCAACAGUGACAUGUGUCAGAAGACCUGAGGGGUCAUUGAUGACAGAGAAGGGCAAGAAUAGGAGGUAGGGUCAUGGGCAGUGUAGUCUCCAGGCCAGUGUGGGCAGUGAUCAGGAUGGGCUCCAGAGUUCUCAUUUAGUUUCUCCAAAUAAAUCAUUAGGCUGACACCAAAGUGGCAUCUCCGGCACCCAUCUGUCCAUUACUCUGCUCCUCAGCCUAAGCUCACUGAUAGAUUGACACUUUCCUGAGUUCAUCCCUCUGACUUCCCCAGCCAUCUUCCUGUAUCUCCACUCAUCCAUCUCCCUCCACCUGCCCUUCCAUCUGACUAACCCCAUCUGUCCACCCACCUCCCUCCAUCCUAUCCAUCUACCUGCUCAUCCAUCUGUCCACCUUUCCCACACUACUCCUUCCAAACUGCCUCUCCACUCACCAUCCCCACAUAUCAUCCUCGUGUCUGUAUGUCUUCCAGUCCCACCCACACAAACCUCCCUAGGUCCAUCUUUCCUGUCAUCUCUCUACCCAUUGGACUCAGAGUAGUAUCAGCUCCCUCAGUGUACCAAAGACACUAGGUCCUCCAAUGCCCUCCACUCUGCUUGCCCUGAACUGCCCAGGGCUGCUCUGAGAAUACCUACCCAUGAGGCAACAGCCCCUUGGCGCUCUGCCCUCCCAUGGCAUCCAGAUACCUCCAGAGAUAUGAGUCCCUACUGCAGGCAUUGUGGACAGACUGGAUGCGCCCUUAUGGCAGCUGUGACACAUCUGGACGUGCUUGGGGAGAGAAGGGCCAAGAAUGUGUGUUGGGAGCAGGUCUACACACCUGCUCAGGAGCUCUGGUGGGGCUGUUAGGCAACCACAUUCCUUGAAAGGGGGUGCAGUCCUGCCCUGAAGAGAAGCUCAAGCCAGUACCGGCCUCCCCUGAGACAGGAGUGCUCUCAGGGCCCUGUUCCUCGGGACAUUAGGGCACUAUUCCCGUCUUCUCUGUUAGGACCCCAAGGAGCUCAGAGUUGAACAUGUCCAGUCAGCCCCUGUUAAACCCACAGAUGGUAGGGAGUGUUUGCUGUGUGUUUGAGGCCACCCACAGGCUCCCCUGAUAACUCAUUGCUCUUCCUGAAGCUCCUACCAUGUAGGGAGGUUUUUUUUUAAUGAUGCUGGGGAGAGAAGCCUGGGUUGCCAUCUUGCUCACAAGAAGAAGAGAAACUUGAGGUGAGCUGGGCUAUAUUCUAUAUUCUAUAUUCCUGUAGACAGCUCACAGACAAAACCCAAGACAGUCGGUCAACAACUUGCACAAGUCCUCAAAUUCUACAAAACUCUGUCUUGUUUUCUGUUCCUUUUCCUUCAAUUUGGCUGGCCCUUAGAGAGCAUCCCAGACUGGGGAACAGGAAUGCAGCAUCUGACUCAAAAUAUGGCCGACUCAUCUCAUCACAUCCUCAAAGGCAACAGCCCCUGCUCCCAACUCAGACAAAAGGCCCCACAGCCCUCAGCUCACACCAUAUCUUGGGUGGGCCAAGGGUCAGGCCCAGAGCACAGCCACGCAUUGCCUGCUGGGUGGACCGUUGCUUUUCCAUUUCUUUUCCCCUGCAGGAGCUGGGAGGAGAGUUGGAUAUUGUCUUCAUGAAAAGCUGUGUUCCACAGCCCUCUGUGUCUGGGUGCUAUGUCAUGCCGCCCGCCGCUAUCUUCUGCUGUCCUUUAUAUGUUUGCCCUGUGGGCCAUGGACACAGUGAUCAGGUUAAUUACAUCUGUGUAAUAAAGUGAGCGUUUGCUAUGA